UGCAUACCCAUCUUCGGCAGGCAUGGACAUGUCUGGGGUAGUUCCACCUGUGGAUAGCCCCCGCAUACCUCGGCAGACACGCCAGCGUGGAAUGGGACGGACUGCAUGCUCCAGAUGCAAGACUAGGAAGCAGAAGUGCGAUGGACGGCUCCCCGCCUGUUCAAGCUGUACAAAGUCCGGAGCCAUAUGCGACUUGCAAAAUGUUCGCGGGGAGGAUCUCGUUGUCGCGAAAUACAUCCAAAGCCUCGAAAGCAAAAUCGCCGAACUCGAGCUUCAACUCGUACGAGACCAGCAAUCGCAGUCGCAGCCUGAACAGCCACAGCAGGAGACUCCCAGGUUCCCCCUCCAGGGACGGAUCGGAAUCGGCGGUGUAGUCAACUCGCUUUGUAGUGACCUGCCCGAGAGAUCUUCAGUAUCUGAAUCUCUGCAGUUCGGCGUCCAUCUCGCUCUCAAUUUAGGCAGUUCUCCUAAUUCAACGGGAGAUGUCCAUACCCAACAUGGCAUUGCAGAAACUCCAACUGCAGCCAGUCCAGGAGAAUAUCCAUUCAUCAGGUCGCUCGCGAAUAACGCUGAAGGAGCUAGUCCACCCUCAGAGGAGCUAGGAGCGAAGCUCAUCGACGCGUAUUCGGAGAGGUUAGAGUGGAGAUAUCCAUUCUUGGACCUAGAGGAGGUCAGAGAGCUUCAUCGAGAUCGAGAGCGUCUAUCACAGGCCGCAACCCAGCAAUUCGGGCUAUUCAAACUGUACCUCGUGUACGCUAUAGGAUCAGGGCUUCUCGACUUGACAGAGAAACGAACGUCAUCACCCAUGCCAGAGGCCUUCUACUCAGCUGCUAUGCAGCAUAUCCCAACUGCACGAAACACGCGAUCUCUUGAGAAUGUUGAGGCAAUGGUUUUACUAGCGCUGUUUCACCUCCGCACCUUCAUCAGCCAGGAACUCUGGUAUCUAAUUGGGUUUGCCAUGCGAACCUGCAUCCACCUAGGCAUGUACCUUGCUCGUAGAGAAGCUGGUCUUCCUGCGGCGGUUAUUCAAAGGCGUCGGAAACUAUUUUGGACCGUCUACUCCCUCGAGCGGAAUGUUUCCAUUGCACUCGGAUACCCCGUUAGCCUGCCCGAUCGGUUAAUAGACGUUGAGCUGCCGGUUAUAACGGGAGACAGAGCGCAGGACGAUGAGAGACUGCAGCAGGCCAUCUUCAUAUUCCAGCUCAGGAGAAUCGAAUCGCGCAUCCAUCACUCUAUCUACCGGAAUGACCGAACAUUGGAACAGCUCCUACCCAAGACGUCCUGGCACUACCAGCAACUGCAACAAUGGAAAGAGGGUAUUGUAUCGUCCAUGGGUCCAAAUCCAGAUCCACAAUCGUCAACGAAUAACGACUCCAACCGUCUGGACUACUUACUCCUACACUAUCACCGCGCCAUCAGGCUCCUCGUCCAACCCUUUCUGUCAAUACUACCCAGCUCAGAUCCGUACUACAAGGCAUGUCUCGAGUCCGCCGGUCAAAUAUGCCAGCUGCACAAGAGACUCCAUCAGAACUCCGAUUACGGACAUAGCUUCAUAGCCGUGCAGACUGUCUUUGUUUCAGGUAUCACGCUGCUGUAUUGUCUAUGGAUCCAUGGCAGUGAUAUCUGGAGUAUCCGACUAAGCAAUCAUCUCCGUGCCUGCUCGAGCGUACUAUUCGUCAUGGGCGAUCGGACACCUUGGGUGCGACGGUAUCGCGAUGCUUUCGAGGCACUGGUCACCGUGACCAUGGAGAGAUUGGAGGUGCAACAGUCUAGCACUGAUAAUUCUCUAUCCAUGCAGGAUACUGCUGUUGCACCGAAUGCCCAAAUGCGUGAUACUCUUACGGGUGUUAGCACACAAUUUCCCACUAUGAACGAAUGUCCCCCUGGAGACCCAAUGCCGAUGCCGCCGCCGUUACAGGUGCUUCAAGACCGCUGGAUGGAAUUUGAUACCAUGGCCGUCGUCAAUGAGCUUGUAAACUGGACUGACCCAGGGAUGUCUGGACCAACGCCAUACAUGGACUUUGGAGCCUACGGAGGUAGUAGCUGUGAUGAAUGGCAGCUGCCGUAG